AUGGGUAGAGUUAUUAGAAACCAAAGGAAGGGUGCUGGUUCUAUCUUCACCUCUCACACUAGGUUGAGACAAGGUGCUGCCAAGUUGAGAACUUUGGACUACGCUGAAAGACACGGUUACAUUCGUGGUGUUGUUAAGCAGAUUGUUCACGAUGCUGGUAGAGGUGCUCCAUUGGCAAAGGUUGUUUUCCGUGACCCAUACAAGUACAAGUUACGUGAAGAGACUUUUAUUGCUAACGAGGGUGUUCAUACUGGGCAAUUUAUCUACGCAGGUAAGAAUGCUUCUUUGAACGUCGGUAACAUCUUGCCUUUGGGUUCCGUUCCAGAAGGUACUAUAGUGUCCAACGUUGAGGAAAGACCAGGUGACAGAGGUGCUUUGGCUAGAACUUCCGGUAACUACGUUAUUGUUAUCGGCCACAACCCUGACGAAAACAAAACGAGAGUCAGAUUACCAUCUGGUGCUAAGAAGAUCAUCAGCUCUGACGCCAGAGGUGUUAUCGGUGUCGUUGCCGGUGGUGGUAGAGUGGACAAGCCAUUGUUGAAGGCUGGUACUGCAUUCCACAAGUACAAGGUCAAGAGAAACUCUUGGCCAAAGACCCGUGGUGUUGCCAUGAACCCAGUUGACCAUCCUCACGGUGGUGGUAACCAUCAACAUAUUGGUAAGGCUUCUACCAUUUCUAGAGGUGCUGUUUCCGGUCAAAAGGCGGGUUUGAUCGCUGCCAGAAGAACUGGUUUGUUGCGUGGUUCUCAAAAGACUCAAGAUUAG